UAUACCUAGCUGAUAGCGGCCGAUAGCUGAAGGCCCCGACGGAUCCAUGUCCUCGGUGUUAACCAUGAGGUAACCUGCUGUUGAUCAGCGGUUGGUCGGUAAUGUGACGUUAGCUCAAACCGCCGACCCGUCUAAACGCUCCGUGACAUGUCAGCGCUACACCUGAGUCUAAUAUUCUCAGCAACAUAACCGGCUUGGUCUGUGCAUUGGUUACGGUAGAACCAUGCAGCCUCCUCCACGGAAUGGGCCUCCUGGGGCUUCCGGCCCUUCCUCUGCAGGGCCCAACGCCUUCCGCAGGAUAAGACCCCUCAAGCACACAUCCACAGCACCAGCUGCAAUGAUGGGACCCCCAGCUGCAAUGAUGGGACCCCCAGUUGCAAUGAGGGGACCCCCAGCUGAAAUGAUGGGACCCCCAUCUAGUAACCAUCCAAUGACAGACCCUUUUGCUUUUGGGAUGCAAGCCCCAGCACCUAUGGCUGCUGCUGCUGCAGGUCCUCCUAUGGUACCCAAUAGCAACGCUCCCUUCCCACAGAUGGCUCCCAAUAGCCUGUAUUCGCAGGCUGGCCCAGGCAUGCAUCCACAGCCAGUGGAUCACCAACAAGCUGCUUCCUCCGGUCCGCACUCAUCCUAUCAGGCCGGAGUAAACCUUUUCACCCCUCAAGGUGUAGCUCCUCCUACUCAACAGCACCCAGGACAGUUACCGCCGCAAGUCACACAAGGAUAUACACAACCAAAUUCAGAACAGGGCUAUUUUAAUUCAAUAGCACAGCCACCACCGACGACCCAUAAUGUCUCGUCCAUGGCUUCAAACUCAAUGCCUAGCCAGCCAUAUUUCCAUCAGGACCACCAGGGGGAGCAUGCUCCUCAAGCCAUGCCCUUCCAGCCAGUGCCUCCCACAACAUCAUCCUCUCAUUGGUCCCCUGAUCAUGGGAGUCGCCCUCCGUCAUUGCAAAACUAUUUCCAGCCAACCACUGACCCCCCAUUGCAGCCCUUUAACAUCCCUCACCAGCCUCAAGCAUACCCUUCCCACCCACCAUCCCCUCAUCAUAACGCCCCCACUCCUCCAACACAGCCCGAACCUUCCCAAGUCCAGGCACCUCUUCCCCAGGACCCGGAGAUGGUUCCUACGAGCUCACAAUGGCCAGAUCCAAAUGUACCUCAGCAGCAUGAAUCACACUUCCAGGUUCAGAGCUACUUCAGUCAAGGCGCAGGCACACAAGAUACCUGGUUUAACCAGCCGUCACAGGAUCCAGUCUACCACCAAAUGGGCAUUGGCAUGAGCCCCACCCCAAACCGGCCCACCUCAGCUGGACCUCAACGUAGUACCCCAACUACUGAUCCUUUACCAGGAGCGGCCCCACUUCCAUAUGCACAGGAAUCUGGUUCUGUCUCAAUGUUCUUCAGAGGAAGUGAUGUGGAGAACGAAGAGACACUGGCUGGAGAGGGUAAGAAAGCUGUGAAUGGUAUGCAGGGAUCCGGCCAGCUUCACAGCCAUCCACAACUGCCUCCACUGCCCUACGUCAGUCAGGCAGAGCCUCCAACAGGGGAUUACCAUGGAGCCUCUUUCAGCAGCAAUCCACACAUACCGUACAUGAAUGAGGGCCUUUACGCAUGCCCAGUGAACAUCCAAAAGCCUUCUGAACCUCAGCUUGACCACGUGGAGAAUCUUGAGUGUGUACCCAACCAGGAAGUGUUGCCCAGUAAAACCAUUGGUAGCCCCUCUGGGGAGGUCGGCCCCGGAGAAGACCAUCAUGAAGCAGGUCCCAACCUUGAGACCCCAGAUACGAUUCCACGACCAAUGAGAUCUGCUAGUGUGUCAUCAAGCUACAGUAAUGUAAGUCACGGUAGUGGAACUGGGUCCCGCCGACAUCAGGGGGUCAUGGGCACUUUUAUACAGCAAGAAAGCCCUCGCCUCGUUGAGGAUCCUAACAUCGCUGUGGCUGCUGGGGGAUACUUUGAGCAGAUUGACACUUCUCCGGCUACUGAUGUGGGUGCGCACCAUAGCUCCCAGGAGCAUAUCUAUACCAGUCAGCCCCCUACACCCAGCCCCCCCAAACCUACUGGUGUAUUCCAGGCCAGUGCAAACAGCUCUUUUGAACCUGUACGCUCGCAUGGAGUUGGUGUACGCCCCGUUGAAGUUGACAGGGCGAAAAUGGUUGCUGAAGGGGGUGGCGAUGCUGUACCUGGCAACCUGGAGCAGCCCCCAGAUAAUAUUGAAAACAUUUAUGGAACCGGUCAUCCUUUAACGACUGGACCUGGAGUUCCUCACCUCGUACACCCUGUGGUUCUGUCUCACUCCCGGCCGUCUUCCCGUGCGUUUGGCGCUCACCGGCCCUGUGAAAGCCCUGCCACUACUCUAUGGGCUCAAAAUGACCCUUCCACCUUAGGAGCCAACAUCCUUCUUGCCCCUGCUGCUCCCCCAGUCCUUGCCCCGCUACGGGAACCUACUAACGAUGUCAUACAGCCCCCUGAAGAUGGUCCUUUGGACCUUCAACCCCCCCAGAGAACCAAUGCCACUUCACAGCAGCACUCAGAGAAUCUAGAGAACCCGCCGAAGGUGAGUGUGGGGGAUCUGUCCGACUCCCAAGGUCAACUGGGCUAUGCGUCUCUCUUGGUGGCCGACACGCUUCACCAGCCUGUGUUGAUUGCUCCUCCGGUGUCCAAUUAUAGUGUGAUUCCUCCCACUGCACAAGCUGCUGCUCCAAGGCAGCAGACCAGUCCACCCAUGAGACCCCCCUCACAGGGGCACGGGGCCAGUAUCUCCCUACCACCUCUAUUAUCGGCCGAUCAGAACCAAUCCUUCAUGGCAUUACCAAUGAUCAACCCCUCUACUGCGCAGAGUCAGGGCCCACUUAACCUGGCUCGAGAUCAGACGGAAUGCGAAAGAUGGGAAACCACAGCUUUGCCGUUAUCACAGGCCGCAUGCCUCCCUCUGUCAAGGGCUCAAUCAAUGGAUGGGGAGAGCCACUCUGCUCUCCCUAUAAAUCCACAACUUUCAAAUUAUGAACUGCUUGAUUUUUCUAUGCACCAAUCACAGAGCCAAACGCAGGCCUCAGGCCACCCUUCCCCUCUACAAGGGUCUCCACAGGCUAGUAACGCUCCCGGGUUCUACCUGCAGGUCACCAAAGAUGCUCAACAGGGGCUAAGGGGCGAAGGUGAACGUAUUCCCCAGGCCCCAGUGUCUAAUGCUGCCCUACAUGCACCUGAAGCUGCCCCCACACCUGAAGCUGCCCCCACCCGGGCAGCUCCAAACCCCCAGCAGCCGCUCGCAGAGCAUCCCCAGAUGCCCGACGUCCAACCUGCUGCACAGGGUCCUGCAGUGAGUCGACCUCCUUCAGCCCACGUUUUCACUGGAGGGAGUGGUCCCGCCACAGCUGCUGCUCCUUCUGCGGUUCCUCCUCCUCCUGCUGCUGCUGCUUCUUACCCCUCUGGGCUCCAGGGACAAGUCCCUCCAGGGGCUCCCCAGCCAAACCCUGCCGCACCCCCACGUCCCCCUUCCUCUGUGGGUAGCCAGGGUUAUGGCCCUGCUCAAGGCGCACCGGUCCAGGGGUACGGAGGUUUCCAUGCAGGUGCCUAUGGAGAAUACCCCGAUGGCAGAGCGCCCCAUCCCCCUGGCCAGUAUCCUCCGCCUGGGGAUCCAAGAGCACAGCCUUACUACCAUGAGGACCCAUACAGAAGGUUUGAUCCAUGGUAUGGAAGAUAUGAAGGACAGAACCCGGCCUACCGAGAUCCCAACACCCAGUACCGAGAGCCUCAGCCCGAGAGGCCCAGCUCCCGGUCCAGUCAGUACUCGGACAGGUCGUCAUCCAGGCAAGGCUACCCGGAAGACUACCAGAGAGCCAACCGAAGUGCCUACGAGGAAUAUUAUGCAGACUAUUACAAGAAACCGUAUGACUAUGGCUACAAUUCAGGUGCCUACGAUCCCAGAUACAGAGGCUACUACGACCAGUCCUACUGGUACAACUAUGAUGAGGCCUACAGAGGGCGAGACCCCUACUACAACCCCCAACUACAACAACAGCAGCAGCAGCAACAACAACAACAACAACAACAACUGCAACAACCCCCACAACCUCCACAACUACCACAACAACAACAACAACAGCCAUUUGCUAGGCCGGAGGGCUACGAGGACCAGUGGCGCUACUACCCGGGCUACGACGCCAGCUUCGAUGACGACUACCGCCGGAGAGAGGAAUCCGUCUUGGAUGACUUUGACCGGCGCAGCGUCCACAGCGAGAUGUCAGCCCACAGCCUGCACAGCAACCACACCCAGCACAGCCGACACAGCGCAUCCAGUGUCCGGUCGCAGCAGAGUCAGGUGUACCGGAGCCAACCUGACCUGACGGUGUACGACACCACCGCACCCAUCCGGAGUGACCCCUACAGACAGUACCCGGACCAGACGGACGGCAGCCAGAGCUACACCCAGUACACCUACCCUGCGGACUACAGCACAGAGUCCACCUGGAUCGCACCUGAGCAACCGCCCCCCCGCCCACACACCCCAGAGAAGUUCAUCAUGCCCCACCGCUGUGCCCGCUUUGGGCCCGGGGGGCACCUGGUCCAGGUGCUGGCCAACAUGCCCUCGGCUGGGCAGCCGGCCCUGGUGGACAUCUACAACAUGGAGACCAUUCUCCAGGACACCAAUGAGCAGGCAGAGCUACGCUCCUUCCCCGGCCCCCUUGUCAAGGAGGAGACCCACAAGGGAGACGUGAUCAAGUUCUCCCAGAACAAGGCCCUGGAGUGCGUGCGGAACAAGGACCUGCUGGACCGUGACUCUGCCUGCCUGCUGUGGGACUUCAUCAUGCUCCUCUGCCGACAGAACGGGACGGUGGUGGGGACGGACAUCGCCGACCUGCUGCUCAAGGAGCACCGCUCAGUGUGGCUGCCUGGCAAGAGCCCCAACGAGGCCAACCUGAUCGACUUCAACAACGAGCCGCUGGAGCGGGCGGAGGAGGAGCCGGGGGCGGGGCCUCUGUCCCUCCUGUCGGACACCUUCAUGACGGUGCCCGAGAACGUCGGCAAGGAAACGGAGCGCUUCCGGGAGCUGCUGCUGUUUGGCCGCAAGAAGGAUGCUCUAGAAGCGGCGAUGAAGGGAGGUCUGUGGGGACACGCGCUACUAUUGGCCAGUAAGAUGGACAACCGGACGCACGCCCGUGUCAUGACCAGGUUUGCCAACAGUCUGCCCAUCAACGACCCUCUGCAGACCGUCUACCAGCUGAUGUCUGGGAGGAUGCCCGCCUCCGCCAUCUCCUGUGGAGAGGAGAAGUGGGGCGACUGGCGCCCUCAUCUGGCCAUGGUGCUGUCCAACCUCACCCAUACCCCGGACCUGGACACCCGCACCAUCACCACCAUGGGGGACACCCUGGCUUCCAAGGGCCUCGUCGAUGCUGCUCACUUCUGCUACCUGAUGGCCCAGGUGGGACUUGGGGUUUACACCAAGAAGAGCACCAAGAUGGUUCUAGUUGGGUCCAACCACAGUUUAACCUUCUACCAGUUUGCGACCAACGAGGCGAUCCAGAGGACGGAGGCCUACGAGUACGCCCAGUCCCUGGGCUCCCAGCCCUGCUCCCUGCCCAACUUCCAGGUGUUCAAGUUGAUCUACGCCUGCCGCCUGGCUGAAGCAGGCCUCAGCGCACAGGCCUUCCACUACUGUGAGGUGAUCUCCAAGAGUGUCCUCACGCAGCCCUCGUAUCACUCCUCUGUCAUCAUCAGUCAGCUGAUACAGCUGUCGGAGAAGCUGCGGUUCUACGACCCCCAGUUGAAGGAGAAGCCGGAGCAGGAGCUGUUCUUUGAGCCAGAUUGGCUGCUGCACCUCAGACAGCUGGAUGGACAGAUCAGGAUGGGUGCGAUAGCCUACAAUGCAGACAGGGCCACGCCCACGCAGUACGACUGUGCUUCCCCGAGCUCUGAGCUGGAGCAGACCCUACCAGCGGAGCCCUACAACAACACCAUGCCUCAAGAGAUGAACGGAGCCUCCUCAGACAACCCCCUGAUGAGCUCCCUGCUGCCCGGGCCGCCGCCCCAGGCUGUGCAGCUGAUGCCUCCAGCCCCAACUACCAUCCUCCAAGACGGCAUGGUUCCACAGCACCACCCAUCAGAGGUCCACCAGUUCUACCCCGUGCCCCCCGGCCCGGCCGCAGGCUACCUACCGCAGGUCCCCGACUCCGGCCCCUCUCCCUAUGAGCCUCAGCAGCCCCAGCCCUCGGACAUGUACCCUCCACCUCUCCAGCAGCAGCCCAGCUCCUCGCCCCCUCACCCGGGACACAUGGGCUCUCACAUGCCUCCCCAGAUGAACCAACAACCGCCCAAUCAGAUGAACCAACAACCUCCCCAUCUGAUGAACCAACAACCUCCCCAUCUGAUGAACCAACAACCUCCCCAUCUGAUGAACCAACAACCUCCCCAUCUGAUGAACCAACAACCUCCCCAUCUGAUGAACCAACAACCUCCCCAUCAGAUGAACCAACAACCUCCCCAUCUGAUGAACCAACAUCCUCCCUCCCAGAUGAACCAACAACCUCCCGAUCAGAUGAAUCAACAACCUCCCCCGCAGAUGAACCAACAACCUCCCCCCCAGAUGAAUCAACAACCUCUCCCUCUGAUGAACCAACAACCUUCCCAUCUGAUGAACCAACAACCUCCCCAUCUGAUGAACCAACAACCUCCCCAUCUGAUGAACCAACAACCUCCCCAUCAGAUGAACCAACAACCUCCCCAUCUGACGAACCAAGCCCCUUAUCCGGUAAACCAGCCUUCUCCCCAUCAAAUGACUCCGAUGCCUCCACACCCGGUGAGUCAGCCGUCCCCACACACGCCCCCCUCCCCUGGACACAUGCCCAUGAUGGAUCAGCAUGUCCUAGGCCAGCCCGAGGGUCAGCCCCUGCCUCCGAUGUCUAACGCCAUGCGCAGGAACUCUUUCACGCCACAGACGGACUUUUACGACCAAAGCGCUCACAUGGGUGCCGGGAGAAGAUCGAGAACUUCCUCACAGUCUUCAAUGCACAUGGCCUCCGGCCGCCGCUCCCGGACCACCUCCGAGUCCUCCACCCACUCCGGGGGGCGGGAGCGCAGCAACUCCUCGGCCAUGCAGAUGUCUUCGUCGCCGCCCCCCUCCAUCCCUGAGCAGCCCCGCAUGGAGGACCCUAAGAAGGCCAAGAAGCACUCCCCCAAGAAGGGUGGAGGCGGCGGCGGCGGCGGCGGCGGGGGCGGCUGGUUGAACUGGCUCUAUAGGAAGGGCAAGAAUGAGGCUCACUUGCCCGAUGACAAGAACAAAUCUAUCGUGUGGGACGAGAAGAGGCAGAAGUGGGUGGACCAGAAUGAACCAGAAGAGGAGAGUAAACCCCUCCCGCCACCUCCUCCUCCUGGAUUCAAGACUGGUCCUCCCAUGCUGGGCCCUGGAGGGCCCGGAAGGCCCCCUGGAGGGGGGCCUCCGGUCAACAUGUUCUCCAGGAAAGCAGGCACUAAGAGCCGCUAUGUGGACAUCCUGAACCCCAGCAAGACAUCGCGGCCCGGGGGGAUGGGGCCCGCCCCGGCAGACAUCUUUGCUCCGCUGGCUCCCAUGCCAACCAACCUGUUUGUGCCGGGGGCAGCCCCAGAGGAUCAGCAGCCCAUGGAGGCCAGUGAAGGAGGCGCCCAGGAGCAGGCUGCUCCCAGUGCAGGUGCUGCACCACAGAUGUUCAACCCAACACUGAUGCCUCCAGGGGGAGAUGGCCUGCCUGAGUCCGGGGAGCUGUCCCGUUCUAGCUCAAUGAGCUCUUUAUCACGUGAAGUGAGUCAGCAUUUAAACCAGGGACAGCAAGCCCCCCCCGCUGGAGGCGUGACCUUUUAUAACCCCGCCCAAUUUGCACAGCCCAGUGCACAGUCCGGAGGGCCGCGGGGGCAAGGCCGCUUUGGGGGCCAGAGGCAGUACCCAGUGGUGAAAUAGACCCCUCUCCACAGACUCAUCACAGCUGGUAGUCAUCCUGUCCGCAAGUGACUGAAGCACAUGGACAGAUUGCUUUCAUCUGAAGGACCCUCUCGUUAAUCCUCCUCAUCACCAAUACCGUCUUCAUCCUACUCUGACAUCGUACCCGCUCUUGUUUUCUCUGGUUUAUGUUUCCUACUGGAAGUCCAUUGCUUUUUUUAUUUUGUGUAUAUAUAUAGGAAAGAUGCUGUCACUGAAAGGGCUUAUUCCUCCCAAUCUAUUUUUAUAGAGGGCUUUCUUAAUGCGUCAGAUUUUAAUAUGGAUGCAUUUACACACCAAACCAUAUGCUUAAAAUGAAUUACCAAUUAUAGAUUCAACUCUGAACCCCACCGGCUCUGUAUCAUGUCUAUGGUCCUUUUGUCCAGGCUUUCUUGACUGCAAGCGUGUGUGUGUGUGUGUGUGUGUGUGUGUGUGUGUGUGUGUGUGUAUCUGGGCAGUCUGGACUGUAGAGGAAUAGAAUUUAACCAUUCAUGUAAAUUGUGCAUAUCGUGGUUUCCUGUGCACUGGACAUGGAGGGUCAAUUUGAAAAGGAGCAGACUGCAUCUUCCACUGUGACGAUGUCAGACCCACAGGAUGGACGUCACAUCCUUGACCUCUGCACCUUUUUAUCGAUUGUUAUUCCAACUUUUGAGAUGUUUACUCCAAGAUCUCGAGCUAUCACACGGCCCCCCGAGUGGUGGUUCAGCUCAGAGAAACAAGGAUUGGUCUUCAGUAACACCAGGAUUCAGAAUACAAGUCCCUCUUUAAAUGUGGUAUAACAAAUCCAUCCAAAUGUGUAAAUCUGAUUGAUUGUAUUUAUCGAGUCGUAGUCCUGAAUGUGUGUUUUGAGAGCAACUAAUUUUAUUUUCUGAUGGGCUUGAAUGAAAUCUGUUUGUCAUAAUCUAGUGGUUGAUUCACAUCCCUGAUUGUUCAACUGCAGCUUAUGCAUAUUAAUUUGAGUUGCAAAAAUGAAAACUUAUUGCAUCAAAUUAAUUUCCCCAGAACAUUUCUUUGCUAACUGUUGUCCCGUCUCCCUAAGACCCGAUAGACCAAUAGUUUGUGAUGAUCUUAAAUGGCUUGCUUUGGUAAUAGGCCUAGACCAGUGUAACGGAUUUUUUUUUAAUCCUCCCUUUGAGAGAAACUUGUCAUUUACCCCAAAGUGAAAAAUCCCUAUUGUAAGAUUCUAUACAAAAGAAUAAAACGAAAUUAAAUAAAGAUAUUUUUUCGCUCUUUA